CACGUCAUGAAUAGUAAUAGCGGCCAAGGCGUCUCUCCAAAGGAGCUCAGUAAAAGACUCAACGAGGUUAAGAUCUCGUCCGAACGUUCUAACAAGGGUAUAAAGCCCAAGAGAAAGCCGCUGCUGCCCGCUCCUGAUUUACCUCCUCAAUUGAACCCCGCCAAAGCUCAUCUCUAUAAUAUUAGGCGGCCGCGCAAAGCACACUAUGGCUUUGCUGUUACCUCGGACGUCAUGGUCGACCACGCCCUCCGCUGGCACCAGGGCAGGUUCACCCGUGAGGAUUUCGACCGUGCCGAUCUGUCCGACGUCGAAGUCAUCUGCGUGGGGGCUGCUGAAGAACACCUGGAACUCAACCCAGAGGACCCAAGGCUAGAGUUUCCUCUUGUCCAGACACCCGAUGGACUGAGGCCAUGUAUUGCCAUAUACGACAGCCAUUUAGGGAGCGGCUGGACUCUGGAUGCAGAGAAGGAGAGAAAGCAGAUUGAGUUUAUCAGGAGCGAGCUCAGGUUACCAGAGACGCAGGAGCCGAUGUGGUAUUUUUCCAACUGCCGGUGAGCCUAGGUGUGGUGGUAUGGUUUAUCCGUCUAGCUGCGACUUUGAAUUAAUCACAUUUGUAUUAUCGAGUGCAAUCCAAGUCAAUUCUUCUGCCAAGGC